CGGUCCACGAGGCUCGGCGCAUAUUCCACCGAAGUUGCAGUGCUCAUCACCACGCACAUCCAUGUUCGCUAUCCCCGCGCUCCGCAAUCCGGGGAGCAAUUUGCGGAGACAUGGAGGCAACGGUCGGUGGUCGCUACUUAGUCCGAUGGAAAGGCAUAUGGAGCGUUGAUGCCCAGGAAUACCGAAUCUUGAGUGCUUCGUGACCCUGACCGUCAAGAUGCUGUUCUCUAAGAGCGUAUUGGCUUUUCUGGCCUCCGUCUCAACGAUUGCUGCUUCGCCACUACAGUCCAGACAAACAAACUCCACGAAUCCGAUCGUCACGUUGGACUAUGUGACUCUACAAGGCGCUUCGUCUUCUACCUACAAUCUCACGUACUAUCGUCGAAUCCCGUUCGGAGCCUCAACAGCAGGCGAGAAUCGCUUCCGUGCGCCCCAGCCCCCAGCACCGAUCACCAAUGGCACCUACGAGACCGAUCGCGGAUUUGACAUGUGCCCGCAGCGCACCGUUAACGGUUCUGAAGACUGUCUGUACCUUGGAGUCUACUCUCGCCCAUGGCAGCCGACCCAGAAGCUGCGACCGGUGCUUUUGACAUUCUACGGUGGAGGUUUCAUCCGGGGCAGUGCCGAAUUCACGAUCCCACCAUCUGGAUACCCGGUGCUCAACGUGAGCCAGAGCAACGACUAUGUAGUCGUGUACUCCAACUACCGCACCAACGUCUUCGGCUUUCUCCCAGGUAAAAAAGUCGAAGAGAGCAAAGAGGUGGAUCUCAACACCGGUCUUCUCGACCAGCAAGCCGCGCUCCAGUGGAUCCAGAAGCACAUCCACCACUUUGGCGGCUCGAAAGACGAUGUGACGAUUUGGGGCCAGAGCGCCGGCGGCGGCAGCGUUGUCGCGCAAACAAUCGCCACAGGCAACAAAGGCAAAAGGCUCUUCAAGAAAGCUAUGAGCAGCUCGCCCUUCUGGCCUAAAACCUACCGUUACGAUAGCCCCGAGAACGAGGCAAUCUACCAGCAAGUCAUCAGCGAUGUGGGCUGCGCAAAUAGCACCGACGAAAUCGCGUGUCUCAAGACGGCAGACUUGCAAGCCCUGCGUGACAGCGCGUUCAGACUGAGCACAAGUCUGCAGUACACAACGUCCUCGUUCGUCUUCGGCCCCAUAAUCGACAACACCUUCCUCUCCUCACCCCUGAGCGAAGUCAUCCGUAAAGGCAAACUCAAUGCGCCAACGGUGCUGACAAGCUACAAUCUGCACGAAGGCGAGAACUUUAUCCCACCAGGAUUCCAAAACGCAAACACCGCAAGCGACGGCUUCAACUCUUCCGUCGCCUCGUUUGACAAGUGGCUCUCCGGCUUCCUACCCGGGUUGCGAGAAACGGACAUUGCAAAGGUGAAAGCUGUGUACCCAGCCGUCGGCAACGCGGAGGAACUUGCUUACAACACCACAUACAUCCGCGCGGGACUGCUGUACCGCGACCUCGUGCUCGCGUGCCCGGCGUACUGGCUCAGCAAGAAGGCAGACAAGGGGCACAUGAUCGAAUACACAAUCUCGCCCGCCAAGCACGCAAGCGACACCAUCUACUGGAACCUAGUCAACGCCGUCCAGAAGUCCGAUCCCCUGACGUACCAAGGCUACACGGGCGCCAUGGCGAGCUUCGUGCAGACGGGCGAUCCGAAUGCGCACAAGGUGACCAACGCAAGCGUGCCGAGCGUGCCGGAUGUGGAGAAGGGAAAGCAAUUCCUCGUCACUGCGGGCGGUUUAAAGCAGGGCCCGAUUAAGCAGCUCGAGACCCGGUGUGCGUUUUGGUUGGACAUGAGCAAGCGGGUGCCGAUUUGAGCAAAAACGUUGAUGAGCAAUCGAUGCGAACAUACAUUGAAGAUGCUUGCGAGCAAUGAGAUAUGAACGAACCGCCAAUACAUAAUACAAGGCCAGACCAUUCAGGUCCCAAACGC